UACUCCCAAACACGCCCUCCCAUCUCUCUCUCUCUCUCCUCGCACAAACUCUCUCUCUCUCUCUCUCUCUCUAGAACCGGUAGUGGUAGAUCUUGUUCAGCAGCGCAAAUCUAGGGAAAUUUCUGCUCAGAGACAAUUACUCAUUUCCCAAAUCCGAAAUCUGAUCCUCUGCAAUCGAUAAUCUGGUUCUAAUCUGCCAUCUUCUUCUUAAAACCUAGGUUCUGCUCUCAAAGUUUUGAUCUUUGCAUUUUUCUGCUGUAUCUUUUUGUGGGUUUUGGUUUUUAAGGGGCUUGAAGGUUGAUUUGUUUGCUUUUGAGUUUUUCCUGUGGAAGAGUGAGAGCAUUUACUAUUGAUUUGGAAUUGAAGAAGUAAAUUCAAGAUGCCGUGGACGUCUUCUUUUGUGAAUUACAGCAGGAACUGCGUCCGCUUGGUGGUGUUCUUCCGUUAUACUGUAAAUUGCUUCACUUUGGUAAAGUUCUGUUUUCGAAGAAUCCUUUUAUUUGGUGAUUUUUGGGGGUGGUUGGAAGAGUGAGAAUGAACAUUGGGGUAAACGUAAAGAAAUAUCGAGCUAUUAAGGAAGUCGGGAAGAUUUUAAUGAGUGUUGGGGUCAUUGCCUACUUCCACCAGAUGCAAGUUUGUCAGGCUGAAUAUUUCCGUCAGCUGCUUAAACCUGUUACGUAGUAUUUAAUCAGAAGCCCUCUGGACUCUGGGAUUUGGGACAAACUUUCACUCUGGCAGUAUUCAUACAUAAGAAGGCAGUUGUAGUUACUGUGGUUGUUUUUGGUUGGGAAUAGGUGGCUCUUGUGACCAGAAUGGAAAUAACUUGAUUUGCAAACAGUUCUCGUAUUAUUUUUGCGAACCUUCGUCCAGUUACAAGUCAAAGAAUCUCACACUUCGGUAGAAACUCCGUCUGUUAAGCCUUAGUUAGAAUUUCUGAUGCAGAGUGGCCAGCAGUUUGACCCCAACAAGGCAGCUCCGCCCUUUGCAAAUCAAGUGGGUAAUAAUUACAUGCACAUUCCAGUUGCUUCUGCUUAUGGGGCAGUUUUACCUAAUGAGGCAAAUCUCUUUAAACCUUUCCAUGGUGUUGAAUUUCAAACCUCUAGCAUCUGCCCGAAGAAUUUCAUUAUCUUCGACCAGACUGAUCAUCGAAGUCAGAUUAUGUUUAAUCCUGAAAUUGCCCACAAAAUUACUGGUCCUGCCUUUAACCUCUGUGCAGCUUACAUCCAAGACAAUCUGGGAUUGAACGAGGGAAAUAAUGACAAUAGAGAAGCAUCAUCUACUCUGAAGGAGGACUCCGAUGAUAUUGAUGCAUUGUUGAGCUUGGAUGAGGAAGAGCUGGAAGAUUAUGAUGAGGAAGAGGUCAGUACAGCACGAACUCAUGGAAAUUAUGGGAGCUCAUUCUCUGAUUCUUGCUCCAGUAAUGGUUUGAAAACCAAGAAGGAAAGGCUGCGUUCUUCACUUGAAAAGUCUUCUGGCAUUGGUAGCAGCAGCAGCUGCAACAGUGAAAGGAAACGCCAGAAAAUGAAGAAGAUGGUGAGGGCGCUGAGAGGGAUUGUACCUGGUGGGAAUGAAAUGAACACCGUCGCAGUUCUGGACGAAGCUGUUCAGUACUUGAAGUCUCUCAAGGUUGAGCUGCAGAAGAUUGGAGUUGAGAAUUUGAACGACUGAACGUGCACUUGAGCUAUGGUGGUAAUAACGGAACUCUUGUAGUUAUUUAUCAUUCCCCGCGUUAAACGAAGGCGAUUAACCCUCGUAUUGGGCCAUUAAACGUAAUGGCUGUGCUGUUGUCACUCUGAAUCUGGUUUUUGGAGCUCUUUCGUCCGGCUCCUGAAGUGUAUUCCAGACCUCUCUUUGAUUUGUAGUAUGCAUGCUCAUUUUCUUGUAUUUCACUUAAUUUCGCACGGCAAGUUGCAGCUAUCGACUGCUAUGUAACCAUGCACUCCAGCAUCUGUUGGUUAAUAACUCAAAUUUGCUUCUGUUAGUUAUAUUUGAUGUUCCAUUAUUGUUUAUA